UUUUGCGACGGAUCAGUGAGUUCUUUCAUCGUCCUCCCCCUCUGUGUCUCUCUGUGUGUGUUUCUAUCAGGGUGGAUCAAUGCAGGAGCCUGAGCUCCACACACACACACAUACUGAGCACACAUACUCACACACACUCUCUCUCUCUCACACACACACACACGCACACGCACACGCACACGCACACACACACUAGUCCUGUCCGCGCAUCCGCAGCGUCGCGUUCGCUCUGUGUCUAUCUCACCCGCGGCUGACGCGGGCCGCUCCUGGAUAUGUGCAUGUUAUAGUCCGGAAAGCCGCCGCCGCAUUGUAGGUUGAAGGCAAGGGGACAUGCCGGUGUGACGGGGAUUGGAUAUUCGUAUCUUCCGCGUUAUCUUCCUUAAGCCCGGGUCCGCUGCUCUGCUGUACCGGUGCUGGAGUGAGCGGCCUGUAAACACAAGAUGUCGACCAGAACGCCAUUGCCCACCGUGAACGAACGCGACGCCGAGAAUCACACGUCUGUCGAUGGGUACACGGACACACCAGCACCACCCACGAAAUCAGCAAGUCGGCAGAGUCUCCCGCGCUGCCGCAACUCGGUGGCGUCCAUCACAGACGAACAGCCUCACAUCGGGAACUACAGACUCCUCAAAACCAUCGGCAAAGGGAACUUUGCUAAAGUCAAACUUGCCCGCCAUGUUUUAACAGGAAGAGAGGUAGCAGUGAAGAUCAUUGAUAAAACACAGCUCAACCCCACAAGUCUACAAAAGCUCUUUCGUGAAGUGAGGAUUAUGAAGGUCUUAAAUCAUCCUAAUAUAGUUAAGUUAUUUGAAGUAAUUGAAACAGAGAAGACACUUUAUUUAAUUAUGGAGUAUGCAAGUGGAGGUGAAGUGUUUGACUACUUAGUCGCUCAUGGGAGGAUGAAGGAAAAGGAAGCUCGAGCAAAGUUUCGGCAGAUUGUGUCUGCAGUGCAAUAUUGCCAUCAGAAGAGAAUAGUCCACAGGGAUCUCAAGGCUGAAAACUUGCUGCUAGACGCCGACAUGAAUAUAAAGAUAGCGGACUUUGGCUUCAGUAACGAGUUCACCAUCGGGAGUAAGUUGGACACGUUCUGUGGCAGUCCUCCGUACGCCGCUCCCGAGCUCUUCCAGGGGAAGAAGUACGACGGGCCGGAGGUGGACGUCUGGAGUCUGGGGGUCAUUCUCUACACGCUUGUCAGCGGCUCACUUCCCUUUGACGGACAGAAUUUGAAGGAGCUUCGAGAGAGAGUUUUGCGAGGGAAGUAUCGUAUACCGUUCUACAUGUCCACAGACUGUGAAAACCUUCUGAAGAAACUGUUGGUGCUUAAUCCAGGCAAACGUGGAAGUCUAGAGCAAAUCAUGAAGGACCGCUGGAUAAAUGUAGGUCAUGAGGAAGAGGAACUGAAGCCGUAUACAGAACCUGAGCCAGACUUCAGUGACACCAAACGGAUAGAGCUGAUGAUCACAAUGGGUUUCCCAAAAGAUGAGAUCACAGAGGCAUUAGUAGGGCAGAAGUAUGAUGAGGUCAUGGCCACGUAUCUUCUGCUGGGCAGAAAACCUCCAGAGUUUGAAGGAAGUGAUUCGCUGUCCACCACGAACCUGUGUCAAAGGUCACGACCCAGCAGCGACCUGAACAACAGCUCUACGCAGUCACCCGCACACUCCAAAGUCCAGCGCAGUAUCUCGGCCACACAGAAACAGCGACGAUUCAGCGACCACGUUGCGCCGUCCAUACCUCCGGCCGUCUCUUACACCAAACGCUCUCAGGCCAACAGCGUGGAGGGAGAGAAGAAGGAGGAGUGGGACGCGUCCCGUAAGCUGCCCUCCUCCAGCUCUAAAGGAGACAUGGCCGUCUCUCCUCUCGUGGCCCAGGAACGCAGGAAGUCCUCCACAGCUUCAGGGAAUAGCGCUGCUGGCGGAAUGACGAGGAGAAACACGUACGUGUGUGAGCGAUCCAGUACAGAUCGGUACUCAGCCAUACCCAACGGCAAAGACAGCAGUUUGACGGAAAUGUCCACGUCUGCGAGUGGAUCUUCUUCAGUGUCUCCAGGAGCGUCCUCCGCGCUGGCGUCCACUCGACCGCGUCAUGUGAAGUCCAUGUCCGCCUCAGGCCACCCCACUAAGUCUCCGCUGCCACCCAUCGAGGACAACGCUGAAUUCAAGGGCUCUACCCCCAGGGCUCCAUCCACGUCUCCGUCAGCUCACAGCAUCAGCAGUAUGACUCCGGAUCGGACCCGUUUUCCACGGGGCACCUCCAGCCGUAGCACCUUCCACGGGGCGCAGCUCAGAGACCGCCGCAGCGCCACAUACAACGGCCCUCCCGCGUCACCAACGCUGUCUCACGACACGGGCGCUCUCGCCCAGGCCCGCAGGGGAACCUCGUCUGGAUUCAUAAGCAAGCUCACCUCCAAAUUUGGGCGGAGGGUACCCAGUGAAGGAGAGGCCCGCGGUCGGGCGUACAGUUUGAGGAGCGGAUCCGGAGAACCCAAGGAGGAAGGCCGUGACUCGAAGCCGAGAUCGCUGCGAUUCACCUGGAGUAUGAAGACCACCUCGUCCAUGGAGCCGGGAGACAUGAUGAGAGAAAUCCGCAAGGUGCUGGACGCCAACAACUGCGACUACGAGCAGCGCGAGCGCUUCUUGCUCUUCUGCGUGCACGGCGACGCGCGACAGGACAGUCUCGUCCAAUGGGAGAUGGAGGUGUGCAAACUGCCCCGGCUGUCCCUCAACGGCGUGCGCUUCAAACGCAUAUCGGGGACGUCCAUCGCCUUCAAGAACAUCGCUUCGAAAAUUGCCAAUGAGCUCAAGCUGUAAGCAAAGGGUUCGAAAAAAAAAUACAAAACUAUAGGGAACACUUAAAAAAAAGGAAUCUCACCAGGAAGUUUGAGCACCAUUUUGAGUUACUGCUUCUGUAAGCUACUGCUGUAAUGUGUAGUGGAGAAAAAAAAUACGAAUGCAAAAAGAUGAAACGAGAAAAAAGCGCCCUAGCCUGAUCUUCAUGACCUCUCGCAUAUACGCCUGGUUAAAACAACCAUCUUGCAAUAAUAUCGAAACCCUUUCAGGGUCGGCAGGACAGAGAUCUGUCGAGCGAAUUAUCGUGACGGACUUCGACCGACUUUUUCCACAUGUACAGUUAAGAUAUAGAAUGUUUUUGUUGUAUUGAAUUGAUGAUAGAGUUGUAUAAUACAAGACUUUCAGCCUACUUAUGUGGAGGUGUUGUAUAGUCACUAUUGAGCUCUGUACAGAAAAAUUAUGUUCAAUGUGUCAUACUUGUUUAGUUGCUUUCUUUCCUUGUGUUUUCUUUUUUUAGAUUUUGACCACUCAGUUUUAACAGUUCUUUUAACUUAUCAACAUUUGUUUUUAAAGGGACAGUUGAUCCCACAAUGGAAGUUCUGUUAUUUUCUCACCCUCAUGUGUACACUUUGUGACCAUUUUGAAGAAUUAUGCAACUUUUUCUGUAAUGAACAUUAAGAUCCAAAAGUGAGAAAGCGCCAUUAUAAUAGUCUACGCAACGCAUUUUGUGUGUAACAGCCAUACGUUACACUUUGUGUAACGGUCCAAAAUAAGUUGGAACGGCAUGAGGGCAAGUAAAUAUUGACAGAACUUUCGUUUUGGAUUAAUUAUCCUUUUAAUUCAGAGUGAGAAUUAGAUGUGAGCAUAACAAGUGUUUUGUAGAGCAGGCAGUGUGUUUCCCAAAUGCAGAUGGUUUGGAUGUAGAAAUCGGAUAGAAAAAUUAGUAAACGAACGUCGGCAUUAACAUUCCAUACAAAACAUACACUGAGACUAACAGGAGUGGCCAGUUCAGCAACACUGACACCGUGUCUACACCGGACGCAACAAAGCGACCGUUGCAAAUCAUUUGAACUUUUGUGUCCACGUCAUAAUUAGCAGUAUUUUGUCGCGGCAAAAUAAAGUAGAACCCAUUAUAAUCUGUGAUGCUGUCUACACUGGAUGCAGCGCAACACGACAAAUCCCUGUGGCAAAUAAUUUGCAACGGUCGCUUUGUGGUGUUCAGUGUAGACAGACUUUAGCUGUUGACAACUGUCGCGUCCAGUGUA